AUGGUUUGGGCGAAGAGGUGGGUGUCGACCUCAGGCACCGGCGCCACCGGCACGCCGUCGACGCUCAGGCACCACCUCGCCGGCAGGCUGACGUCGGGUGCGGCGGGGAUGACAAAGUGGGCGAGCUCCUCCGCCUCCUUGAGCGUCAGGUUUGGGCGCGCAAUCGCCAACGAGAGGGAGAGGAAGGGCGCGCGAGGGCAACGCCGGCGACAGGGGGAGAAGGAGAGGGGAGGCGAGAGCGGUGCGCGAGCGACGGCGGGGCGACGCGCCUUUUAUAGGGCGUCCGGAGGGCAGGUCAACGUGCCAAACAAUUGUUACUACAACAUUGUGAAUGUUAGAUGUGGGCAUUGCACGAUGGUUCUCUCCAUGGAUCUUGGACCUUUCCACCAAGCAAGCACGGCUCAAGAACACCAGGUGCAGAACAGAGUUGUAUUGAAUAAUUCUGGGAGUUACGACUCUGCUGCAAGGAAUCAGCGGGCAAUGCCCAUGUAUCCGAUGGUGAAUAAUCAGCAGCAAGUGUCACCGAUACACCCGCCGGAGAAGAGACAACAUGUUCCAUCUGCGUACAACAGAUUCAUCAAGGAAGAGAUACAAAGGAUAAAGUCAAGCAAUCCUGAGAUUAGCCACCGAGAGGCAUUCAGUACUGCUGCAAAAAACUGGGCUCAUCUUCCUCGGCUGCACUUCGGCCUGAGCGUUGCUGGCGGCGGCGGCGGUGCCAAUUAG